UGGCAGGCUCCCAGUAAUUGCAUGUGUAUAUGCGCAUGGCAUGUGACCUGAACUUGGUGAAAGUAAUUGCGAUACUGUUAUUUGCUUUAGGGAAUAUAUGCUCUGAAAGUCUUUUUACUUCUAUUGAUAUUUCGAAUUAGUAUUUACAUAUUAAUGGAUGAUUUUAAUAUGGAGACAGGUAUAUCCGUCGGAGGUGGGACUUUUCACUCAAUCCUGGUAAACAAAGAGAUACUUCCACCUCCUAUGAGAGGAACAUUAUCUAGUAAAGAUGAUGAUAGCAGUGAAAUAUAUGCAGAUGCAACCGCUGCAUUCUUGGGACCAAAUAUUUGGGAAAAAACCUUAUCUGAUUUUAAAGUUGAAUACCUUGAUUUGGAUGACUUGUUAUCUAAUUCUAAUGAUGGAAGUCAAAUUUAUUCAGAGGCUGUAGAUGCUGGUGGUCAAGUUUCACAUACAUCUCAAGAGAAUCCAAAUAUAUGUGUAACAGCAGUCCAUUCCCUUGGGGCUGUUUCUUCACAGCCAUCAUCUCCUGCUGAUACUUCAGCUGUGCAAGAAUUACCGAAAGAUAACAGAGUAUACACUGUAGACUGUAAAUUUUCGCCUACAGAUUUAGCAUUAGCCACACCUCCUGGACACAAGCACUAUGAUCCAGCUUCUGCAAUUAUCCCAGAAGAGGAGUUGAAACCCCAGCCAAUAAUCAAAAAGUCUCGAAAAACUUUUGUUCCUGACAAUUUAAAGGAUGACAAGUAUUGGGCUAGAAGACAUAAGAACAAUAUGGCUGCAAAGAGAUCACGUGAAGCACGCAGAUUAAAAGAAAAUCAAAUUGUUCUUAGAGCUUCAUAUCUGGAAAAAGAAAAUAAUUCUUUAAAAGAAGAUGUUUUGCGUCUGAAAGCUGAAAAUGAUAUGCUGAAAAAUCAGUUAAAGGAAUUUCAGUCAUGAAAGCUGACCUGCAUUUUCUAAGUUUUGACAUGGGGGCACAUUUGAAUGCCUUGCAUUUUCUGAAAUUGCCCUUUGUUUAUUUUGUUGUACAUUUCGCAUGUUAGUUACCUUCUGUAAGGUAGCUUAUUGUAGAGAUAAGUAAUUGUGUUUGUUUAUAAUUUUGUUUUUAUUCAGUUCUUAAUUCACUGCAUCUUAAAUAAUUGAGAGAAUCUUAUUUUUGUUAUCAUAAACAAAAGUUCAUUACAUUUUAUGAGACAGAAAAGUAUUCUCUUAUUUAGAAGAGUGAAUAAUCUUUGGUGAACAUGUAUCUGUUUUUGCCUUCAAUGUUACUUUUGCCAAAGUUGUAAAAUUUUGUCGUGUGGAAAAUAAAGCAUAAGAUUUCUAAAUGUACGUGGAUACUUAGAAUGCAAGUGCAGAGGAGCACAGGCACUGAUUUACUUGCUCAUAGUGAUGAGACUGCUUAUCUUGUUUCUAAGCAUUAAGCUUUUUAAUUAUCAACAACAUGAAAACAAUUUUGGCUGUUACUUAUUGUCAAGUUGCCAUGCUGUGUUGCCAUGUGUCAUUUUGUAAUUUAACGUGUUAUUUAAGUUUUAAAGGAUAUAAAAAUUAACAACUGUAACAUUUUACAUUUGUAGCAAUUAUAGUAGAAUUGACACCAGUCUUUUAGAAUUUGUUUUGAAUUUUUUAUGCAAUUUGAAUUAUACUUUGUUUUAUUCAUUUUAGUAGUCAUUGUCAUUACUUUCUGCAUUGUUGAAUCAUUACUGUAAUUUUGCAUGUAUGUUUUACAGAUCAUUUUCUGAAGUUCAAAUGUCGGUGGUAUGAGUAUAUGCAUUUUUUCCUUUUAUUUUUGUGAUGCUGAUUUGUUUUAUUAAUGUUGUAAAGUUGUGCCAUCUCAGACAAAAUGAGGGCAUCCUAAAGAUAUACUUGCUAGAAAUUGGUAAGUACAAUUGACGAUUGAAUGAGCUAUUUUCCUUGUAAUAUAUUUUGUACAGUUCAUACUUUAUUAGAUCUUAUGAAACCAGUUCUGAGUAUUUUACUUAAAAGUUUACAUCAUGAAUAGCAAUUUUUUAAUGAUCCAGUAAAGUAUUUCGUGAAAGAUUUCAUAUAAAAUUCUCUAUUUUCAGGUAUUUUGCUUUUAUUUGUGAAUAAUCAAUAUAGUAUAUUUAUACAUAUAUAUAUAUAUAUAUAUAUGAAUGAACAUAUGUUUUGUUAAACUUGUUUUGAUAUUUUUAACAUUGGUUAUAUAUUUUCGGAGUUUUACAAUAGGCUCUUCUUGUAUGAUUACAGCAGUUUUCGCAUUUUGUUCUAAUGAAAAAAAAUCUGCUAAAACUAGUUUAUACCAAACUAUUUUAAAAUGUUCUAUUUUUAAUGGCUAGAGUAAUUAGGGGUUUUUAACUUGAUCUUCUAAUGUUAAAACUAUUAAAACUUGUCAGUUUUAAUAGUUAAAGUUGCUGUUGUAUUGUGUGAAUGAGGCAGAAUUUGGCCCAUUAUUAUUUUUAAUUAAUAGUACUGUCUUACUGAUUAAUAUAGUAUGUUGUUGAAUUUGGCACUGCAGUGUUUCAUACUUAGCAAUUAUUUUCUUUGUGCUAUUGAGUUGUGUGCAAAUAUAUUAAAAUACUUAAUUCGUCAUUAAAUCCAAAGCACACUGUUGCAUACAGUAUUGAAGUGCAAAAGGUAAAAAGUAGUUUGUUGUUAAUCACAUAUUGAAGUAGAAAAGUGUAUGGAAUUUUGAAUAUGUUAUAUGUAUGGUACAAAGGUAUAUAAGCAAAGUAGUAUUAUGUUAAACUCAAAUAUAUGUUAUGUUAAUUGCAAAAAUUUAUAAAUGUUUUUUCUAUUUGUUACAGUUUAUAUGGUAGUCUUUAUUUAAAAAUCUACUGGAUCUUUUUUUUUUUUUUUUCUUGUCCCAAAGAGGCUGUAAUUAGAUCACCAGCUUUUGUGUUGAACUCCAAAGGUUUCUUUUGGCAAUCAAUUUCAAAUUGUUACACUGAUUACCACACAAAUUUGGUGCCUUAAAAAUUAUUCUUGUUUUCUGAUAUAUUUAAGGGUACUGGUUUUCUGGCAUCAGUUUAGCUGUGAGAGCUACAACUUUUAGAGGUAUAGGAUAAUCACAUCAUUAUAUGCCAGUUGACUUGAAAUAACUUUGCAUAUGUCGUAUGAAUAUGGACAUUAAUAUACAAUUAAGCACCUAUAUGUUAGUGUUAAGGUUUGAUAUUAAAUUUCUAUAAAUUAAGGUUUGAUAUUAAAUUUCUAUAAAUAAGCAAACUUUUAAUUUUUAUACAUUAAAUUUAACAUUAAUGGAGCAUUUACUGAAAUUGAAUUUUGUAAUAUGUUUAAAAUUUAGUAUUACUUCGCUAUCAGUCUUGAUUCAUCUGUUACUCAAUGCAUGAAAAACUUCUUUUAACUCUUUGAGGGGCAGGAAAAGGCAAUUAACUUUUUCAGCAAAACUUUUGUUUUAUUUACUAUAUUAGGUGCUACAAUUGCACAUAUUUUGUCCAAGACUCGGGGGAAUAAAAUGACCACUUCUGGUGGUUAGUGUCAGUGACCACAGAACACAUCCUUACAAAUCAGUCUCUAUGGUACUCGUGGAAACAGUUUUUCUUUUUCAAGCAGAGUGCAGCUAUGCAUGUGCUGCAUCCCCACACUGUUCUUACAGGCAUUUUCUUGGUGUUGCAGAAUGCACGUCAUCGUGAUGUUGUCUUCGAUGGCUGAUGCUUAUUUUCUUGCAGGCGAAUUGCUGCAUCAACUACUGGUUAUGUUUCUUGAUUGCCAUCUGGUGAGCUGCAAGGGAACUUCAGAAGUGGUCAGUCUUAAAAACCACUCGCAUGAGUUAGUAAGAUGUUUAAUAGAAAAGUUGGUUACUGUAGGUAACCACCGCCUUUCAAAGAGUUAAGGCAUUUCAUAAAACUACAUUCUAAAGCUCUGACAAUAUGCCAUCAUAUGAAUAUACCAUUGUCAUUGGUAACCCUUCCUUGAUUUUUAUGUACAUUCUCAGUGCUUUUAACUUGGAAAACUGAAGUUUUUUUAAAAGAUAUGUGUGGGCAGUCGUGUAGGUAAUUCAUCUCUGUUCUUAAGUUUGCAGAAACAGAAAACAGUUUUAUACCAGUUAAGAGUUGUUCUCUGACUUCCGUUUGCGUAGAAGUUUUUUAGCAACUAAAACAUAUGAAGUCCAGGCUUGAGAUUUAAUCAUGUUUGUUGCAUUUAUGAAAUGUUAACUUCUUAUGAGUUUUCUUAUCUGAGGACCAUUAAGAAUUCCUGCUGUAAACUUUCCAUGGUGUAUUCAGGAAAUUCACUUGAUGAGUAAAUAAAGCAGUAUCCUCCUAUGUUCAGAAUUAUCACAAAUUCUUUUAUCAUCCCUAGCUUGAUACAUUAUAAUGGCAGAAUGAUGGUAUGCCUACUUAUUUACUCACAUUUUCUGGAUUAUUUCUUUUCUCAAAGGCAAUCCAAAUCCUGUCAUAAUUUUUUUUUAUCUGUUCCCUCAAACUUAAGUAUAGAAAUUUUAUUUGUAGGCUUAGGCUAAGGAAAAGUUUAUUUUUUAGGUCAUUGAAGGUGACCUGUUGAAGGUCUGGGUCCUUUUUUAGUCUCUUGUUUCAUGUUUCUGUUAUUCCGAUUAUGAGUAGGAAUAUAAUUUCAUAAUAUAUAUAAAGAAAAUAUUAAAUUCCAUAUGAGGCUUAAUUUUAGGAUCAUUGAUGUAUUAUCAUUAGAGAUAGUUAUGUCAUAUUUCCACAUUAACUGAAGCUAAUAUGGAUAAACUGAUAUUUUUUAAAAGCUUCAAAAAUAUAUGCAAGAGUAAAUUUCCAGAGCACUAAAAAAAUUUUAUUGACUAUUGUUAUUGGAUAUAUAUGCAAGACUAAAUUUCCAGAGUACAAAAAAAAUUUUUUUGGAUAUGUACUCAUUUGUUGUAAUGUUUAAAAGCGUAGACUCAAAUGCAACUGAUAUGUUUUGUAUUUGUUUGAUAGAUGUUUUGUAUUUUAAUGGUUUUCUAAAAUGUCAGUAAUUUUCUUGUUUCUGAACAGAUGUUUAUUCUGUAUGUAUUAUUGGUUAUCAAAUGUUAAAUAAAAUCUGCAAUGUGUUUUAAAUUUGUACAUUAGUAACUGGCAGUCAUCAUUUAAGUGAUAUUAUAUCUUGUUCUACAAGUAUAUGUAAAAACGGAUGUAUCUUCAGUGAUUUGUGUGAUCACUUGUUUCUCAUUAUUUUAAACUAGUGUCAAAAUGUGAAUUUGGUAAUGCUCCAUUUCUACUUAUUCAAAAAGGUGAUUGUUAUCUUAGUCACAUAUUGAAAAGUAGAGAUUUGCUGAAAAUUUAAUUCCUGAUUGUUAAUUUGUUGAAUUUCAUAAUAUUUGUAGAAUGUUGUUAUUGAAUAAAACUUUAAAAUUCUUACCUUUA